AUGUUCUGUGACGAUAUCCUUGACUUCAUGGGUGACAGAAACGGUGACGAGUCCAUUCAGGGAGGGCUUGAUAUGAAGCCAUCGCAACGGGCAGAUACGACAUGUGCUCUUGUUGUUGACAUACUUCCACCGUUCGACUUCAAGAACCCGUGGCCACCGACUCGUGUAAGGGAGAACGAAGAAGAAGAUGGGAAUAUCCUCAACGAUAUGAUGAAGAGAUUCAGACGGAGAGUAAAAGCCAAAGGCUCUGGCGUGCCAUCUCAGAACUGCCGUGCUUCCCAAUACCGCCGAAUCCAACGCGGUCCGGACGCUAUCAUCGAUGGACGUCAAACUAGUGUUGCCGUCAACCCCAUUCCUCCUCCACUCGAGAUCCGAUUCCACCCCGCCUUCGCCGCCUUCAGGCGCUUGUGUCAAGACUGUAGUCUCUCCGCCCCGGAUAACUUCGUCAGGAUAACCGCAAGGCUCAUGCGCGCGGGAUCUCGCAUCUUCCCUGACGCAUGGGAACUUGAAGACGGAGUUUGCCCGCUUCUGUCUGCUCUCCUCGGGUUUCCUCUCCAGCGACCGUCUAACAAGACCGUCAAGCGAACGACUCCAGGCUACUUCAUAUCUUCCGCCGUUCCUUCUCCAUUCUCCGGUACUGCAGCGAUGGCUACGAUUGAGUCCGACGUGGAACCCGGGACUGGCGCUCUCCGUUCGACGUUCGCGUACAUCGCGCAUUGGUGCGACAUCGAUCAGAAGACGGUCCUCAACAGUUGCUUUGCGCCCUCCUUCGUGAUCGGUGUCGACGGGCCACGCAUCUCCAUCUCAGGCGCCAUGAUCACGGGCAAGCCCGUCGUGCAGCGCAUGAAAGACAUAUGGCUCUCGCAGGACAACUACCUGGAUGGAGCCGUGCUGUUGGAAAACGCGCGGGUGCUUUACGCCCUGAAGCUCGCGCUCGAACGCCUGCACGCGUUCUACACCCACCUCCCGCUCCCAACGACGGCCGUGUCUCGCUUCUUCCCUCUCGCCGCGCGGUACCGCGCGCCCGACGGCCACACCGUGCCGUUCACUUACGUCGACGUGCUGAAGGGCCCCGGCGAGGGGUCUACAGUCUUCCUCGCCCGCCUCGACGGGCCGGAACCGCGCCACGUCGUCGUCAAGUUCGUGGAGCGGUACGGCGCGCGAGCGCACGAGCUCCUCGCGGAAGCUGGCCUCGCGCCCGCGCUGCUCUACCACGGCGACGUCUGGCCGGGAGAGGAUGAGCUGCGGUACCACGGGCACGAGAUGGUGGUGAUGGAGCACGUCGAGGGCGUUCCCGCGUUCGCUCCGGAGCAGCAGAGCGCCGCGGCGCCCGAGGUCGAGCGCGCGCUGAAGAUCCUGCAAGGCAGCGGGAUGGUGCACGGGGAUCUCCGCCCGCCUAACAUCUUGCUCCUGCGUGGGUGGGGGCAGGGCGUCGAGGGCAGGGUGAGGAUCAUCGACUUUGACUGGGCAGGAAGGGAGGGAGAAGUGCGCUAUCCGUGCUGGUUAUCGAAGGAAGUGUUUCCGGUGGAUGGCAUCGAUGAUUACGCCCCGAUUACCUGCGCUCACGACAAAGGGAUGCUGAGCCUGCUUUACAGCGGGGAUCAGUGCCCUUAG